AAUGCUGCAAAAGCUAGAGAAAGUGGCCAACCAAACAACAAAGCCGAAGUCUUUUUCCAUCAAACUUUUUCAUAAAGUUUGGAAUUUUGGAGGGAAACGAAACUUGGGUUCUUGUUGGUUUUUAAUUUCAAGCUACUAGCUAGCCAAGUUCCAAGCUGUUCUUCUUCAAUGGAGAUCAGUUGUGAUAUUCAGAAAGCUGGCCACAGUUUUAGACGAAGUGGUUCUUCCUUCUGGAUUGACAAUGGCAGCGGAGUUUUCUCAACGUCUUCGCACGGAGAGGACGAUGAGGAAGCUCUCAAAUGGGCUGCUCUUCAGAGACUUCCAACGUUUCAGCGCUUGAAGAAAGGCCUGCUCGCUACUCCUCAAGGGGAGACCAACGAAGUUGACGUGAGCAAUCUUGAAGUGAAAGAAAGGAAGAAUUUGAUCGAGCGGUUAGUUGGAGUAGCCGAGGAGGAUCAUGAGAACUUCUUGUUGAGACUCAAGAACCGCAUUGAUAGAGUUGGAAUUAAUCUUCCAAAAAUUGAAGUUAGAUUCCAGCAUUUGAAAAUUGCAGCUGAAGCUUAUGCAGGAAGCAGGGCUCUGCCUACAGUUUUUAAUUACUGUGUCAAUUUAGUGGAGGGUUUGUUGAACUCCGUUCAUAUUCUUCCUAGCAAGAAAAAGCACUUGUCUAUCCUCAGAGAUGUUAGUGGGAUCAUUAGGCCUUGCAGAAUGACACUGCUUUUGGGUCCUCCGAGUUCCGGAAAGACCACUCUCCUGUUGGCUUUGGCUGGAGAGCUUGACCGGGAUCUUCAGUUUUCAGGACGUGUGACGUACAAUGGUCACGGCAUGCAUGAGUUUGUGCCUCAGAGGACUGCUGCCUAUAUCAGCCAACAUGAUGUUCAUAUGGGAGAAUUGACAGUCGGAGAAACAUUGAACUUCUCUGCAAGAUGCCAAGGGGUCGGAGACCGUUAUGAGAUCCUAGUCGAGUUAAGUAGACGAGAGAAAGAAGCGAAUAUUAAGCCGGAUGCAGACAUAGAUAUCUACAUGAAGGCGGUGGCAUCAGAAGGCCAGAGGGUACAAGUGGUGACAGAUUAUACACUAAAGAUUUUGGGAUUAGAUGGAUGUGCAGAUACCUUGGUGGGGGAUAACUUGAUAAGGGGCAUCUCCGGCGGACAAAAGAAACGACUCACAACUGGUGAGAUGUUGGUUGGACCGGCUAAGGCAUUGUUCAUGGACGAAAUAUCUACGGGUUUGGAUAGCUCAACAACAUAUCAAAUCGUGAAUUCGAUCAAGCAAUAUGUUCACAUUCUCAAUGGGACUGCAUUCAUCUCACUGCUGCAACCAGCACCUGAGACUUAUGAACUAUUUGAUGACAUUGUUCUCCUUUCUGAUGGUCACAUCGUGUACCAAGGUCCUCGUGAAAAUGUUCUUGAAUUUUUCGAAUCCAUGGGGUUCAGAUGUCCUGAGAGGAAAGGCGUGGCGGACUUCCUGCAAGAAGUGACAUCAAGGAAAGAUCAGGAGCAGUAUUGGGCAAGCAGAGAUGAGCCUUACAGGUUCAUCACGGUCGAAGAAUUUGUCGAGGCAUUCCAAUCAUUUCACAUCGGGCGCAAACUUAGAGAUGAACUCGCAACUCCAUUUGACAAGGCCAAGAGCCACCCAGCUGCAUUAACAACCAAAAGAUAUGGCGUUAGUAAAACUGAACUGUUGAAAGCUUGCUUUGCGAGGGAGUUCUUGCUCAUGAAGAGGAACUCAUUUGUCUACCUUUUCAAGCUUGCCCAACUCUCAAUCUUGGCUAUGAUUACAAUGACAUUGUUCCUACGAACUGAGAUGCAUCGCAAUUCAGUAGAUGACGGGGUAAUUUAUGCUGGUGCUUUGUUCUUCUCCCUGGUUGCUGUUAUGUUCAAUGGACUGGCAGAGCUUUCGAUGACUGUUACAAAACUCCCGGUAUUUUAUAAGCAGAGAAACCUCCUCUUCUUUCCGCCGUGGACAUAUACCCUUCCCUCGUGGAUCCUAAAGAUCCCUAUCACCUGUGUUGAAGUUGUGGUUUGGGUAUUUAUGACCUAUUAUGUCAUCGGAUAUGAUCCAAAUGUCGGAAGGUUGUUUAAGCAAUGGCUUCUACUCCUACUCAUUAAUCAGAUGGCUUCGGGGUUGUUCCGAUUCAUUGCUGGAGUUGGUAGAAGCAUGACUAUUGCAAGCACAUUCGGAUCAUUUGCACUUGUCAUGCUUUUCUCCUUGGGUGGUUUUGUUCUGUCAAGAGUCGAUAUAAAGAAAUGGUGGAUGUGGGGCUACUGGAUAUCGCCUUUGAUGUACGGACAGAAUGCAAUAGUAGUCAAUGAGUUCCUCGGAAAGAGUUGGAGACAUGUUCUUCCGAACUCAACGGAACCAUUGGGAGUCGCUGUUCUGAAGUCACGCGGAUUCUUUACAGAGCCUCGUUGGUAUUGGAUUGGCGCAGGAGUAUUGGCUGGAUACAUGCUUAUAUUCAACUUCUUUUUCACUUUGGCUCUCACUUAUCUAAAGCCAAUUGGGAAGCCACAGGCUGUUAAGUUGGAAGAUCCUAUCUCGACUCCUCAAAUUAGUAGAGAAAAUGGAAAUGGAAGUAACUCCUCCAGGUCUUCCUCAAUUACAAAAGAAGCUACUAAUGACGCAAAUGGUAACAAGAAAAGAGGAAUGGUUCUUCCGUUCGAACCACAUUCCAUCACCUUUGAUGAAAUCACAUACUCCGUGGACAUGCCACAGGAAAUGAAGAAUCAAGGUGUUCCCGAGGAUAAACUGGUGCUCAUUAGGCGUGUAAGUGGUGCUUUUAGGCCUGGUGUUUUGACAGCUCUAAUGGGAGUGAGUGGGGCUGGUAAAACAACUCUAAUGGACGUACUAGCCGGUAGAAAAACUGGAGGAUAUAUUGAGGGAAAUAUCACAAUUUCCGGGUACCCAAAAAAGCAGGAAUCGUUUGCCCGGAUUUCUGGAUAUUGUGAGCAGAAUGACAUCCACUCUCCUCAUGUUACUGUCUAUGAAUCCUUGAUGUACUCAGCAUGGCUGCGUUUAUCUUCAGAAAUCGAUUCUGAAACCAGGAAGAUGUUCGUUGAGGAAGUUAUGGGACUUGUGGAGCUAAAUCCGUUGAGGCAAGCACUAGUAGGGUUGCCUGGUGCGAGCGGUCUUUCAACUGAGCAGCGUAAGAGGCUGACCAUUGCGGUUGAACUAGUGGCUAACCCCUCCAUAAUAUUCAUGGAUGAACCGACUUCAGGCUUGGAUGCAAGAGCUGCAGCCAUUGUUAUGCGAGCAGUUAGGAACACCGUGGACACUGGAAGAACAGUUGUCUGCACCAUCCAUCAGCCAAGCAUUGACAUAUUUGAUGCUUUCGAUGAGCUAUUCCUACUGAAGAAAGGAGGACAAGAGCUCUACGUAGGACCAUUAGGCCGCCAUUCUUGCAAUUUGAUCAAGUACUUUGAGGGGAUCGAUAACGUCAGUAAAAUUAGGGAUGGCUACAAUCCAGCAACAUGGAUGUUGGAAGUCACUUCGUCAGCCAAAGAAAUGGCUAUGGAGAUUGAUUUUGCUGAAGUGUAUAAGAAAUCAGAACUGUACAGGAGAAACAAAGCACUUAUUGCAGAACUAAGCAACCCUGCUUCUGGUUCUAAGGAUCUUCAUUUUCCUACUCAAUACUCUCAGCCCUUUUUAUCCCAAUGCGUAGCUUGCUUAUGGAAACAACAUUGGUCCUAUUGGCGCAAUCCGCCAUACACAGCCAUCAGGUUGAUCUACACAACCAUCGUAGCAUUGAUGUUCGGCACAAUGUUCUGGAACCUUGGCUCCAAAACAACGAAAGAAAAGGAUCUCUUCAAUGCAAUUGGUUCAAUGUACGCUGCUGUUCUCUUUCUCGGUAUCAAAAAUUCCACAACGGUGCAGCCUGUUGUGGACGUCGAAAGAACAGUCUUCUACAGAGAACGAGCUGCUGGAAUGUAUUCUGCCUUGGCAUACGCCUUUGCACAGGUUACAAUUGAGAUCCCUUAUGUUUUUGUACAAGCCCUUGUCUAUAGUGUCAUAGUUUACGCAAUGAUCGGGUUUGAAUGGACUCUGGCUAAAUUCUUGUGGUACUUAUUCUUCAUGUAUUUCACAUUUUUGUACUUCACCUACUAUGGCAUGAUGGGAGUGGCCUUGACGCCGAAUCAACACAUAGCCGCUAUAAAUUCCAGCGCAUUUUACGCAAUAUGGAAUGUCUUCUCGGGGUUCAUAAUCCCACGGACUAGGAUUCCUAUAUGGUGGAGAUGGUACUAUUGGGCGUGUCCGAUGGCCUGGACCUUGUACGGACUGGCUACAUCGCAGUUUGGAGACAUACAGGACGAGCUCGAGACGGGUGCAACAGUGGAAGAAUUCAUGAGGCAGUACUUCGGUUUCAAGCAAGAAUUUAUCGGAGUGGUUGCAGCUGUGGUUGUUGGAUUCGCUCUACUCUUUGCACUUAUCUUUGCCUUGUCCAUCAAGAUGUUGAGUUUCCAGAGGAGAUGAAUAUUUUGUUGCUUGUACAUCAAGAAUGCAGGAACUGCUUUGAUCUUAUGUGCAACUUUUUGUAAUUGGUCAAUCCCUUCCUAAGUUUAUAAAUGUUAUAAUUCUUUUGGUA